GCGGUGUCUAGUGCUAAUGGUUACGUUUAUGCGGAGGGCGUUCACUCGCUUGUGGUCAUUUAUAAGGUAUUUCUUUCCGAACGGUUUCUCCAGAACGAGGGGGCUUUGGUCUGACGCACAGACUCUUGUUUUCAUCUGAAUGGUCUGGCUGUUCCCGUUUCCUUUGAUUGCUGAGUUGAAGGAGAGCGUUUGAUGUAGCCUACCUUUUUUCACCCCUUAUUCAUAUCUGAAAGCAAUCAUGAGCCAACAGGAGUCGUGUCCUGUCCCCUUUCCCUUCUCACGGAGGAAAAACAGUCCCGAUGUGCUGGAUGAAGUUUCUGAAGCGUGAAAUAAAAUUGCGUCACCAUUUUACCUGAUGCAGAGAAGUUCCUCCGGGCCUUUUUUUUAAAGACAAGAGUAUUAUUAUUAUUAUUUAGUUUUUUUAUUCCAAUCCUCCCGAUUUGGUCAUUGUGUGCUCCUCCGUUAUUCGUUUCUAUUUUUGGAGAAGAGACUGGCGGAUUUGCAUACGGACUUGGUGAAUCUGUGCGCGCGAGGCAAGCAUCACACACCUCUCUCCCAAGGAGCAAGCCCCACCCGGGGAGCGUCUGGGGCUUGCGUCCUUCACGAGAUAAUUACGUUAAAAUCGCUCCGUAUGUUUUUGAGAGUGUCUGACAGACUCCUUUAGCGCGUGGCUUCAAAUUCGGGUGUUCACAUUUUCGAUAGGCUUGUUUUUUGUCGAUCACUGGUAGAAGACGGGAGGUAGUCUAAACGUUUUUGGACGAGGAGAAGAACGAAACCUUUCGACAAUUAUUUUCGUGUUUUUGGACUAUGUGACAUCAAACGUCACAAAUAUUUAAUGAUAAAAUAUGACCAAGUACGGAUAUCGGAAAUGUUGUCAGUUUGGAAAACCUUCUUCUCUACAAGGAUUCACGCAGUCAAAUUCGAAAUCAUUUGACAACAACCGUGACAGGUUGUUAGUUGUUGAAUGGCCAUGAUAAAAUGACAACGCAAUGUUCUGUAUCCUCACCGAAAUGUGGUAUUUGGACUUGAUUGCGUAGUGUCGAAAUGUUUUUCUGACGGAUAAAGAAGAUACAUUUUGUAGACACAACUAUGGGGCUGUAGCUGCAGACCGAACAUAAUCGCUUGUUGUUCCGUCUGCGCUCGGUGCCCAACGGGAAACGGGGAACGGGCUUUGUGCUUCCUUUUCCCCCGGGUUGUUUCGGUUGAGACAUGGCAGCUAUUGCCAGCGGUUUGAUACGACAGAAGAGACAGGCACGGGAACAACAAGUCCACCGGCCGACGCCACACCGACGGAGGCGAAGCCCCAACAAGAAUAAAGGACUUUGUAACGGGAAUUUGGUCGACAUCUUCUCCAAAGUGAGAAUCUUCGGCUUGAAGAAGAGAAGGCUACGGAGACAAGAUCCACAGCUUAAGGGCAUAGUGACCAGGUUGUACUGCAGACAGGGAUACUACUUGCAGAUGAACCCAGAUGGAUGUCUGGACGGGACCAAAGAUGACGGCACUAACUCCUCUUUGUUCAACCUCAUCCCAGUGGGCCUUCGAGUGGUGGCCAUCCAGUCAGUCAAGAUGGGUCUGUACAUCGCCAUGAACGGAGAGGGACACCUCUACUCAUCAGAGCUGUUUACAGCAGAGUGUAAGUUUAAGGAGUCUGUGUUUGAGAACUACUAUGUGAUCUACUCGUCGAUGCUGUACAGACAGAAUGAGUCUGGGAGGGCCUGGUUCUUGGGCCUGAACAAGGAAGGACAGCCAAUGAAGGGCAACCGUGUGAAAAAGACCAAACCAGCCGCUCACUUCCUGCCCAAACCUAUAGAAGUUGCGAUGUACAAGGAGCCGUCGUUGCACGACGUCAGGGAGACAUUGCCUAAAGUUGCCGGAGUCCCACCCAGCAAAAGCACAACCAGCGAACCAGUGGCCAUGAACGGGGGAAAACCAAUCAACAAACCCGACUCGAAGGAGACUGCAACAUAACCCUGCCCCCUCCUUUCCCCCCACACGACAGAGACUUGAGACUCUGCCCACUGCACUCAAACUCUCACCUUGAUUGGUCAAUUAUGGGCUAAGUCCCACCUCUUCUCUCUUUCUCUCUCUCUUUCUCUUUUUGGCUGAUUUGGUGCAGUGGUGUUCGAGAUGAGGAAAUGGACCACUCCAUUUGGGGGAUGGGGGAGGGGAGGUGGAAGGGAGAAGAGGAGGGGAGAAGAAGGAGCAGGAAGGUGUUGACAAGGAGGAGGAGGAAGGGGAGGACGAGGGGAAUUGGCUGAUUUUAUCAGCUAGAUAAACUACAAACUUGGACAGAAGAAUGCCAAACCUACGCGAUAUGGAAUGCCUUUUUCAAAUCCUUACGAUUAUUUUUCUGUGACAAUCUGUGAGAAUGAUGACAAAGCGUUUUUUUCCCUCUUCCUUUUUGCCAGGUAGCCUUGCCUGCUGAUGGCUACCCAUAAGCCCCCUCUCUCACUCUGACGCACUAUAGCAACAGAGUCCAUCCAUAUUGACCACAGUCUGUUUGUUCGUCUGUUUACCAAUUUGUUUGCUUGUUUAUAAUUCUAUACCCAAAAUGCACCAGCGACCGUCUGGAUAGAUUGUUGUAAUGACACAAAACAGAAUUGUCAUCUAUUUUUCAAAUGAUUGUCUCUCUCACUCUCUCAUUCUUUCUUAGCUUCUCUCUAUCUCUACCUCCACAUCUCUAUUCUAUUUCUUACUAUCACUAUUUUCUCUGUGUGUUUGUAGGUUCAUUUAGGCAGUGAAUGAUACAGGAGGGCAAUACUUAUAUUUUGUAAGACAUGUAUAGAGGGAGAGGACUGGGGCUGGGGAUGAGAUGUUAAUGCGUUGGUAGUAUUGAGGAGGUAGCAGAUGCAAAGCAUGGUAGGUAGAGUGCAUGGUAGCAGAGUAACUAGCAUGUCCACAGAAGCUAUGAGUUUCUAUCCAGAGCCAUGGUCAAUUCAGGACAUGAAUUGAAAUUCCAAUUCAAUAUUUGAAAAGUGCCAAAAGUUGCACAAGGGUGACCGACAUGUAGCAUUUUCACUGGCAACGUAUAGGUAACUGCCCAAAAUAAUGGAAACGCUUGAGUAAAUGAGGGAUGCCAAGUAUAUUGAAAGAAUGUGCUUCCACACAGGUGUGGCUCCUGAGUUAAUUAAGCAAUUAACAUCCCAUCUUAGGGUAAUUUAUAAAAAUGCUGGGCAGGCCAUUAUUUUGGCUACCAUGGCUAUGCCCCCCUAGGAUGAUAAGGGUCCCCCAUCUACAGAGUGGAAGUGGUAACUGAACGUUUUCAUGAGCAUGAAGAUGGUGUAAACCACAGGCAAUGGCCGCACAGUCACCAGAUCUCAACCCAACUGAACACUUAUGGGAGAUUCUGGAGCGGUGUCUGAGACAGCGUUUUCCAUCACCAUCAACAAAACGCAGGUUAGUGUUUUUUUGUCAUGAAUCUUGUUCUGGAGGCAGUUCUGCAGAGUGGUCACUAGCUAGCUGGCACAGCCACAAAUCAUAAAAUCUGAUUUUAAACCUAACUUUAACCACACUGUUAACCCUAAUGCCUAACCCUCACCUUAAAUUAACACCAAAAAGCCAAUUUUCACUUUGCAGCUGGCCUAUCUAAGGGGAAAUCGCUCAGUUCUGCCUCUAGGACAAGACUCGUGACAAUAAACUUCAACCUGCCAAAAAAAACACAAAAUGAUGAAAUUUCUUGCAGAAGAAUAGUGUUGCAUCCCUCCAAUAGAGUUCCAGACACUUGUAGAAUCUCUAGCAAGGUGCAUUGAAGCUGUUCUGGCUCGUGGCACAAUGCCUUAUUACGACACUAUGUUGGCGUUUCCUGUAUUUUCACAGCUCCCUGUACAUGCACACAUAGUGAAGUUGACAGAGUCAAAGAACAUACAAAAAUAUUGAAAGAACAGUAGAGUCACUACAGAGUCACUACAGGGAACAGUCCUAAACGGACCAGUCAAAGAAGUGAUGUUGGAGGUGUAGCUGUUAGCUGGCAUUGGUAAGAGGUACGCUGCGGUAGUCCUAUAUCCGUUGGCUUUCACACUGUGACUACAAACCUCCCAUCCCAUCUUGGAGUUGUAGCUUUCUCAUUUAGAAGCCAUUGAUACUUUGACGUUACCCGUCGUUUGACUUUACCCAAACUCUUUUAUGUGUCAUUCGUCUAAAUGAAAUAAGGGAAUGAUGUUGGUCUGUUACGUUUUUGUGAUGAAAUGUUUACUGUGAGGAUCAAGAUCUGUCACUUCCUGUAUAAGUAGCAGAGGUAGUUCGCUGAGCCUGUAACCGUGCCUGGGCCCUGAAGGCUCACGUUAGCUCCAAGAGCAUAUAACAACAGUCAGCCACUGUAAAGCCUAUGAGCAAAACGGGCCAUGGAUGCCGAUUUUGCCCUGUGGCCCAGGCUGCUCAUGGGUCACCGUAAGCUUGCUAGCUGGGUGAGAUCAUAGAGAAACCACUCGAAAAGGUACGUUGUAAAAAAAAAAAAAGAUUCCACUGGGCUGUUUGUGGGAAAGUGUUGAAGCAACAUUUGCUGUACUUCUUGUCCAGUGUUUUGUCUGUACCAAGCUGAACAAAAGCUGCUGUUCUUGACAAAGAAAUGUAGACCUACAAUUUGAUGGUGUUGUGUCUUUGAGUUAAUGGUGUUCCUGUUCCUGUUGAAACCAGAGUCCUUUAAUAUGGAGAGUUGGGCCAACUGUAGAGCUGGGCACCACAUUGCUGCCUCUUGAGGAUUCAAUAUUGCCCAGUGACACGAACGUGGCUGCCAUCGAGCUCUGUGAUGUCAUAGUUCAAACUGCAUUGGCCAAACUCUCUAAGGUCUCUGAUUGAAUCCUGCCAUCGGUGAGCUCUAUGUGCUGCUGGAUUCUGAAUCUCUAACUGACUACUUCAAGUGAGACUGGAUCAGUUUUUGUCAAAUUGAAUUGACUUUGACUGUGCAAAUGUACAAACCUCUCUCUCUUUCUCUCUCCCUUUCUUUCUCUUUCUUUCUCAACAUUCCAUCUCAUUCUUCCCCUUACCCCUGCCCACCGCUCUCUCUAUCUCUCCAUCUGUCUCUCUCUCUCUCAGUCUAAACGUCUCUCACCUGUUGCAUGGUAAACAAGAAAGGCAGUGGAGAUAAGCAUGUAGUACUGUAGCCUAUGUGUAUCAAGUCAAAACAAAAAUAAGAAAAAAAAGAGAUCAUGUCGGUAAGUGUACCGCUAACUUUACAUACAUAUAUAUGCAAAAGAGUUUGUCUGCACUGUACAGUUUGUGUCUCCAUUGUAUACACAGAUACAACAUAUUGAAUAAAAUAUUUAUAUGAAGGAGA